AUUUUGAAUGUCCCUGAACUGUUGCAUCAGCCAUUAAAAUACCCUGAACUCAAGCCCAGAGGAAAUCAGUGGUCGAUCGAAGCAUCUAUUCACGGUCAGACUACAGAGGUCUGUGAAAAUUUUACUCGCGCGAGUGUUAGUAAUUUAAAAUUUGAAAACCAUGGGUGUUCCUGCUGGCGAUGUAGAGAAAGGAAAGAAGCUCUUUGUACAAAAAUGUGCACAAUGCCAUACAAUUGAAGCUGGUGGAAAACAUAAAGUAGGACCCAAUCUCCAUGGAAUAAUGGGCAGGAAAACUGGUCAAGCCCCUGGUUAUAGUUACACAGAUGCAAAUAUAUCAAAAGCCAUCACUUGGUCCAGGGAUACUUUAUUCGAAUAUCUUGAAAAUCCAAAGAAGUACAUUCCUGGUACAAAAAUGGUGUUCGCUGGUUUGAAGAAAGCACAAGAACGUGCUGAUUUAAUUGCGUACAUUGAACAAGCAUCGAAGUAAGCUUGACAAUUAUAGAAAAUGAAAAAGCACGCUAGACGUGUUUGGCGGGAAUAGAGGAAAUCUAGUACUAAUAUCAUCUCAAACCUCAUGAACGUCCCGCUACAUUUCACUCGACUCAUUCAUCUGGUACUCAAGCAUUCACAAAGUCUGAAUAGUAAAAAGUUACUGUUGUUCAUUAUAAGUAGAUAUGUCCGUACAUGUAACUAUGUACAUUGACAGGAGUUGGAUUAUCUAGAUCCAAUUCUGCUUCAUAAUUAAAGAUAAUUUGGUGCUCUCUCGCACGGUGGCUGAGCCAUACGUAGAUUGCGCGCUACUAUUUAUUUGUAAUUAUAAACUGUUAAAAUUGUUCUAUGAACUACUAAGCUGUAAUGCAAGAGUAUGAAAAUACAGAUUCAACUAUGAAUUUGUAAUGUUCAUUUUUGCUGUAUUAAUAAAAAACGAAGUAUUUCAACGUCAGGGAUAUUACAAAGUACAAAACGGCAAUAAAAUGAUACAGUAAUAAUUUGAAUCCAAAUCUGAGAUUAAGCAAAUUGUAUUUACACGAAGAAAGAGAUGGUAUCAAUAGUAAAAUUUUAAGAAUUCUAUUCAAAACAGAUGAAUGGAAAUAAAAUAAAUAUUAAAUAAUUGAAAA